AUGGCCGACGUCGAGCCGUCGUUGAACAUCCCCUCCCUGCUCACACUUGCCGUCGUAUCCUUCUUCGUCAUUCGAUGGUUUUUCUCGCGGGGCGAUGGUACCGGAGAUGCCUCCGGAUCUGAUAGAAAUGGCCGCCCGCGCGUCGAUCCAGCGCAGGUCGAGCAGGUUGUACAGAUGUUCCCACAGCUAAGUCGAAGGGACGUCAUGUGGGACUUACAGCGGAACGGGGGGAGUGUGGCUGCUACGACAGAAAGGGUAUUGUCGGGGAGGGGGCUAGAAAAUCCGCCUCCUUCUUUCCAGCCGAAUAUACCCGCGGCUCAGAGUCCUGCGAGCACCGCGACUUCAUCGUCGCCGCCUCCUUCCAAGCGACCGACGGAGGACCUUAUCACCCGAUACAACCUCAGCUCGCGAUUGCAUGAAGAUAUCUCUGGGGAUACUAGCGCUGUGGACUCCGGGUCUGGCACAAUCCUACGAUCGGAGAAUGCUUGGUCGCAGAACAAAAGCGAGAGGCAGCGGCUUUUGCAGAAACGCAGAGACGAUAUGAUCCUUGCCGCAAGAAGGAAGAUGUUGGAGAAAGACCAUGCGACCAGUCAAUAA